UGUCUGAAGUCGCACCCUAGCUGCCACGUCCGGGGCUCAGACUACACGCCCACACGGCUUCUCUACAUCUCAAAGGAUGGCAAGAUGCAGCUCCGAUUCCACACAGACAUCCCCAAGGGGGCCAAGUAUACCGCCCUCAGUCAUAGAUGGGGCCAAGGCUCGGACAAGGCCGGCCCGACUACACGGGGCAACAUUGAGGAGCGCAAGAACGACAUCGCAUGGGAGGCACUACCAGACCUGUUCCACGAUGCUGUCAGCCUCACCCUGGGCCUCGGCGUCUCCUAUAUAUGGAUAGACAGCCUCUGCAUCGUGCAGGACGACGUCGACGAUUGGGAGAGGGAGGCCGCGAGCAUGACGCGCAUCUUUAAUAACGCCCUCCUCACCAUCGCGGCCCUGUACUCAGACAGCCCUGCAACGACCAUCUUCUCACUGUCCGGCAAGGCUCGGCAGAGUACCAGUUCACCGCUGCUGUCACGCGCAUGGGCUUUCCAGGACUGCCUGGUCUCGUCGAGGAUAGCCUAUAUAGGCGCCCAGGAGAUCACCUUCGAGUGCCGCGCAGGCAUCACCUGUGAAGACGACUGGAGAGACUUUGUGGAGCACUACUCUCGCCUGGAGCUGACCUUUGAGAAGGACCGGCUGCUGGCCUUGGGGGGAUACGCGCAGCAAUAUGCGCAGGCGCGCCCCGGUCAGCAGUAUCUGGCAGGGUUGUGGUCGGGAGCGCUCUCUCAGCAAUUACUUUGG